CAAUAUCUUCUUUGAUCACCUCUAUCGUAUUAACCAAUAAUGGCAACGUUGGAGGAGGACGCCAACCAACACCACCCGGAUCCUGACUCUCAAAACGGCAACUACUGCCCCCGCACAGGAAUCUACCGAUCGCCACACCGCCCGUGCCACCAACUCCCCGCCAACCCCGCCCUAGACGCCGCCUCCUUCGUCCUCUCCCAGUUCCCCCCGCCCCACCUCGCUGAGAUUAAGAUCGCCCUCGUUGACGCCGCCACUGGCCGCCGCGUCACCUUCUCCGACCUCCGCCGCUCCGCCCUCGCCCUCGCCGCCACCCUCCGCCACGCCCUCGGCAUCCAGAAAGGUGAUGUCGUCCUCCUCCUUUCCCCGAACUCCAUACUCUAUCCCGCCAUCGUCCUCGGCGUCCUCUCCGCAGGCGCUGUCGUCACCACCGCCAACCCCCUCAAUACCGCUGCCGAAGUAGCCAAGCAGGCCCGCGACUCUGGCGCCAAGCUCGCCAUCGCUGCCCCUGAGGAGGCCCACAAGACCACCGCCGCCGGCGUCCCCACCAUCCUCACCACCCGCUCGGUGCCGGUUGAGUCCGGCGUGGGCGGGCCGCUGUCGGCGGAGGAUCUGAUGGAGGCCGGCGACCCGGAAGCGGCGCCGCCGGUGGCGGGAGUGGUCCAGUCGGACGUCGCGGUGGUGCUGUACUCAUCGGGGACGACGGGGGCGAGCAAGGGGGUGGUGCUGACCCACGCGAACGUGAUCGCGAUGGUGGCGCUGGUGAGGUGGACGGCGGAGGCGACCGGUGCGGCGGAGGACGUGCACCUGGGGUUCGUCCCGAUGUUCCACGUGUACGGCCUGGGUUUCUUCGCGCUGGGGCUGCCGGCGGUGGGGGCCACCACCGUGGUGAUGCCCCGCUUCGACUUCCGCUUGAUGAUGCAGGCGGUGGAGAAGCACGGGGUCAGCAACAUCCCGGCGGUGCCGCCAGUGGUGCUGGCGAUGACCAAGGCCGGGAAAGGCGGCGGAUGGGAUUUGUCCGCGCUGAGGAGGGUGGGGACGGGGGCGGCGCCACUGGGGGCGGACGUGGGGAGGGAAUUCCGGCGGCGAUACCCGUGGGUGGAGCUGAGGGAGGGGUACGGGCUGACGGAGAGCGCGGGAGCGGCGACGUUUUCGGCGGUGGCGGAGGAGGCGAAGGGGAGGCCGGGGGCAGUGGGGCAGCUUCUGCCGGGGUUCGAGGGGAGGGUGGUGGAGGUUGGGACGGGGAAAGGAGUGGGGCCCGGCGGGGUCGGGGAGCUCUGGCUGAGGGGCCCCACCGUGAUGAGGGGCUAUCUCGGGAACGACGAGGCCACGGCGGAUGCGAUGGCCGGUGACGGGUGGCUGAAAACCGGCGAUCUGGUGUAUUUCGACCAGGACGGAUACCUGUACGUCGUGGAUAGAAUCAAGGAGCUCAUCAAGGUUAAAGGCUUCCAGGUGGCACCAGCUGAGUUGGAAGCCUUGCUUCUCACCCAUCCUCACAUACUCGAUGCUGCAGUAAUACCGCUUCAGGAUGAAGAAGCGGGGCAAGUACCUAUGGCUUAUGUGGUGAGAUCCCCUAACAGUAAACUAACAAGCGAAGAGGUCAUGCAGUUUGUUGCGACUCAGGUCGCUCCUUACAAGAAGGUUAAACAAGUUGCUUUCAUAGAAGCCAUCCCAAGAUCGACUGCAGGCAAAAUCUUAAGAAAGCAGUUGGUGGCUCAAAACCAUCAGGCUAUUUCCUCCAAGAUGUAGCAGCUUUCCUCUUCCAUUAUAAAUCUCCUCAGAACUUACUGAAUACAACCAU